GUUCCCGCCAUACAACUGGCUUAAAAAGAAAUUGUCGUCUAAUGAUGACGAUGAUGAUGACGUCAGAUCAUGGCAUGAAAAGAAAGACCAGUCACAUCUUAAGUUUGAAAUUUACAACAUAUACACAAUUUAUUAUUUCCUGUUUUUCGUGUGCUCCAUUCUAGGCACCAUUUACUACGGGUAUUUCUUUUCAUUCCACUUGCUUCAUUUGGCUGAAUUAAAUCAGCUACUGAAGAGAGUCAGAAUGGCUGUUACCACCAAUGGUAAAGCAUUGUUGAUGGUUGCCCUUCUUGGCUUGGCUUUAUUUUUUUGCUACUCAUUGGUGGCCUUUGCUGUGUUACGAGAAUCCUUCUUCAAGGAAUUGAACGGACGCCAUUGUCGAACAGUUUACCAGUGUUUUAUCACCAUGAUUCACCAUGGCUUCGUUGACACACCUUAUACGACCUUUGAAGAUUUAAUGACGUCUGAAUAUACUGAAGUAAUCAUGGUGACGGUAUUUGAUGUGACGUUCUUCAUCCUAAUCACCACUAUCGGACUGAAUAUCAUCUUUGGUAUCAUAGUGGACACUUUCUCAGAGCUUCGAGAUGCCAAGUGGGCGAUUGAUAAAGAUAUGAUGAAUAAAUGCUUCAUCUGCAGCAGGGAAUCCUAUGACUUUGAAAGACAUGGCGGGGGUUUUGAAAAACACGUGAAAACGGAACAUCACCAGUGGUCCUAUCUGUUCUUCUUCAUACAUCUGACGGAGAUCCGCCCUAACGAUUUCUCCACCCUGGAGCUGUUUGUUUAUAACCAGCUUGAGAGGCACAAUUAUGAUUUCUUCCCCCUGAAUCGAGCGCUAAGUCUACAAAACAAGGAGGACUCGAACGAACGAAAAGUGGAGAUUUUAUGUAUUCAAGUUGAUUACAUUGUCAACAAAAUGAAGGAAGAGGCUGCAGAAAAGGAAAGACAGAAAGAGAAGCAACGCCAGCUGGCCUGGGAGGCGGAGCAUAAGGCUCCAGCGACCAAUACGGUGACUCGAAAGUCUAAGCAGAGGUAACCAAUGAAAAAAUCAGU